GAGAGAUUCUUGUGACUUCGAGUCAUCACGUGCCAGGCCCUUUGGAAUCACAACUCCAAGAAAAUGCAGUUCUCUCUGGAGACCCGCAAUCAGCCCAUGAGAGUGAAAUCAGAACCACCUGAUGUUGCAUGCCUGCCACAACAGGGCCAGGUACAUCAACAGCACUGCAGCGAACAUCCUUCAGGAGGUGAUGCUUACGCUGGGACAUGUGACGUUAAAGAUGAAACUCGAGAGGAAUCUUCAAAGGAACAUCCAAUCGUAGAAGUGAAAACAGAGCCUUACAAUAUUGAAAUCUUGACUGGGCAGGACCAAAUGAGACACAACUGUGACUUAACAUCAGAAGAGUUCUUCCAGAGCACGGACCUGCAGCAUCACAAGCGGGCCCGCACAAGCCAGAAGCUACACAAGUGUGAUGUCUGCCCUGCAGAGUUCUGCCGGGUCUCCGAUCUACGGGUUCACAAGCGGAGGCACACGGGCGAGAAGCCACACAAGUGUGAUGUCUGCCCUGCAGAGUUCUGCCGGAUCUCGGAUCUACGGGUUCACAAGCGGAGGCACACUGGCGAGAAGCCACACAAGUGUGAUGUCUGUCCUGCAGAGUUCUGCCGGGCCUCGGAUCUACGGGAUCACAAGUGGAGGCACACGGGCGAGAAGCCACACAAGUGUGAUGUCUGUCCUGCAGAGUUCUGCCGGAUCUCGGAUCUACGGGAUCACCAGCGGAGGCACACGGGCGAGAAGCUACACAAGUGUGAUGCCUGCAGUGCAGAGUUCUGCCGGAUCUCGAGUCUGCGGGACCACAUGCGGAGGCACACGGGUGAGAAGCCACACAAGUGUGAUGUCUGCCCUGUAGAGUUCUGCCGAAUCUCGGAUCUACGAGCUCACAAGCGGGGAGACACUGGCGAGAAGCCACACAAGUGUGAUGUCUGUCCUGCAGAGUUCUGCCAGGUCUCGAGUCUGCGGGAUCACAAGCGGAGGCACGCGGGCGAGAAGCCACACAAGUGUGAUGUCUGCCCUGCAGAGUUCUACCGGCUCUGGGAUCUACGGGAACACAAGCGGACGCACACAGGUGAGAGGCCAUACAAGUGCGAUGUCUGCCCUGCGGAGUUCAGACAGAAGGGGAACCUACAGCACCACAAGCGGACGCACACAGGUGAGAAGCCAUACAAGUGCGACAUCUGCCCUGCGGAGUUCAGCCAGAAGGGGAACCUACAGCAGCACAAGCAGACACACACGGGUGAGAAGCUGUACAAGUGCGAUGUCUGCCCUACAGAGUUCAGCCAGACCAGGUACCUUAAGCAUCACAAGCGGACACACAUGGGUGAGCAGCCAUAGAAGCACGACCUCAUCCUGCAAAAAUCAGCCACAGCGUCGAGUGACAAGCCAUACAGGAGCAUUCUAUGUUCCGCAAACUCAGGCAAAUCACAAAUCUGCCCCUUUGUGUGGGGGCCUUUAUGGGCGUGAAGCCAUACAAUUGCAACCUCUGUCCUGCAGAGUUCAGCCACUGUACACACACACACACACAAGCCACAGAACAAGCUGCUAACAGAGCAGGAGCUACUUUAGCCAGUGCAUAACUCCGUAGUUUCACAAGUAGCCACGAGGUGCCUGGGAUAGCAACAGUACAAGUGUGGAGACUAUGUACACAAGAAAGAGGCAAUCCAAGCAUCAAUUCUGUUGUCCUGAACGUGGAGGCCUGAAGAAGCAUGUGGUCAUACGCAUAGGGGGAAGGCUGUACAGACGCAGUUUGUAUCCUACAUCAUUUUAUUUCUGUCCGAUGAUGUGAAACUCACUCACAUGAACAGACUGAGGUUGAGAAAGAGUUGGAUUGGGUGGUGAUGCAUGUGAAAUAUCAGGAAACCCAGUGUCAGGUGUCUAUAGAACAAUCACAGUGAGACAAUUCUGUGUGCCAAUAGAAAUUAAAACCAGUUGUGGUGUUUGGUGUGUCGGGUAGCAUUAGUGUUAUAGAGAAUGUGCGACAAACUUGUGGUGCUGUGAUGUGACCUCUGGAGAAAGUAGCUUGCGUGAUAGCUGAUGUGUCUCUUGCUUUGGUUGCAUGUGAAGUGCAUCUCUUCCUUGCCACACUGGAACUGUUGCGUCGCUAAGUCUGCAAGCACCUAAAAGAACUCUUAUGUUUUGUUUCUCGUGAUUUGUACACUUCCAAUCAGGGCUCGGAACCGUUAUUUUAGGGGGUUCGGUUCAAGUUCCGGUUGAUGGUUAUUGGUUCGGCUUGGGUUCAGUGCAACCAAAAUAAUGGUUUGAACCGACAUUAAUUGGUUUGAACCAGUUUACAUGUGCUGUUCUAAACAGUGUAAUUAUUCCUGAUUGGCACCGCUGUCAGAGACACUAUUCUGAUUGGCUGACUCUUAGUAGUCAAAUAUGCAGGCUUCCUGUGUGUAGGUUGUGUUGGCCACAUAGAUUUUUUGCGUACCACAAAGCAUCCUAAAAACAGGUCCCAGCUUACAUCUGUACCUUGAAUGCAAGUUUUGAACAUAUGACCUCUGUUUUUGAAACAACCUGAGCAUGGGCCCGCAUAAACAACUGCACAUAAUGAUGUUUGUGAGUGAGAAGAUAGGGAACAGCAUAUGCAACCAGAGGAAUCAAGUGCAAAAUAAUCCAUGCUGCACAGUAUGUCUCCCUUCAUGUGCUCCCACAAUAUUUAGCCCUAACAAACACGCUACACAUCUUCUGGUGCUACUGUAUUGAAAAGUACAGUGCUAGACAAACUUUACUAAACAUGCUUCGGUGCAUUCAUUCUCCAGACUGAUUCCCUAGUAGCGAAUAAGACCAUGGAGACUUGCAACUAGC